UUUACUUACAUUACGUGGCUCUGAAAUUGUAAAGUUUUUAUAUUUAUAAAUGUUCUAAAAGUCUAAAGAUGCAUGCUGAGAGAUCAUCACAACAUUUUUAAUACUGAGAUAGUGCUGUACGAAAUUAAUAGCAGAGACACCACCAAAUUCUAAACAUGGCUUGUACAUCUACGCCAGACACCGCAUCAUGUGAUUUCACCAUCGUGGUUGACGGCACUGAAUUUAUAAGCCACCGGGAAAUCCUAAGUUCAGCUUCAAAUUACUUCGACGCCUUGUUUAGAAGCAACAUGAGGGAGACACAAGAAGGGAGGGUGGAGCUACAGGGUAUGACAAGUGAGACUUUUGCUGUUGUGUUAAAUUUCAUCCACCAGCGUGUCCAUGGUCUGACGGCUGAUAACAUUGAUGACAUCUGGGAUGCAGCGAAUCGUCUGGAUAUAGCAAUAUAUCUUAAAGUAAUAGAGCAAUUUAUAAUUGAUAAUUUAUCAAUUGAUAAUCUAUGGCACUUUUAUUUAAAAGCUAUCGAUUUCAAUUCCAUCCACACCAAAGAAGGGUCGUUAACGUUCAUGAAGCAAAAUUACGAGCUUGUAUUUAGGAUGAAAGAGUUUCUGAAUUUUCCUUUUCCUUUAGUGCUUUCAUGUAUCGAAAGUGAGGAGUUGAAUGUCAAGACAGAGGACUCAGUUUUGGAGUCCAUUUUAGUCUGGGUUUCUCACGGAAAGUACAGACCAGGUGCUUGUAUAUCACCUGACCCUAGCGAUACGGGAGCGGUGUGUAAGGAUGUUGAAUUUCAGACCAGUGAGGGUCACUCUCGUGACGUCACAAGUACUGGUCAGUCGGAAAGCGUCAGAAAGUUUGGUCAGAAUUGUGACACACGAACCGUAGCUGAGGCUGACGAAACUGACAAGCCUGACAUUAACUUCAGACAACAUGGUCAGCACGGUAACUUCAAAAAUGAAGAACACACUGGUGACGUCACAGAAUGUAGCCUGGCAUGCGAUCGAUUAAAUUAUCUCGCCGAACUCAUGUCGAGUGCCAAACUUACUUUAGCUACAGUCAGUUACCUAAGGAGUUUACUCACAAACCCGUAUAUAAUCCAAUGCCCAGAUGCCUAUCACGGAAUACAAGAAGCACUGAAAUACAAGUGUGGGGUGUAUCCUUUAGAGAGCGCCACAUUGACACCUCUUCGAACUAACAGCGGAAAGAGAAAUGCCUUGGCGUUUGUUGGAAUGGAUUUCGGUUUGCACCUCUACGAUUUGGAGAGCAAAACAUUCAGUAAAAUCAAGCUCGAGAACUUCAAGGGACGAUACAGAAGGGUUGUGUUUGUAGUAUCGCUGGGGUCGACACUUUGCUUCGUAUGUGAAAAGUACUUAAGAAAUUGUCCUUUCGCCAAUCAUAAAUGCCGCCUUUCAACUGUCCUUUUGUUAGAAGAAAAUAAAAAGUUAGUAAAAUUGUAUGAAAAGUGCGGUAAAGACGGUUUGCUCUUAUAUUUAUUUAUUGUAAAGAACAAAAUUUUUUGCGUCGAAACAAAUGAUCGCUAUGCUGUAACCAGAAGUCGCAUAUUUGAUCCCGACAUAUUCAAGGCAGUCAUAUUAAACACCCGUAUCAAUAUGUUUUCAGCCUUUGUUUUAGAAAACGAUAUUUUGUGGAUUGAUUUCAGAGACCAUCUCAUUAACCAAACUAACUAUUUACCAGUCAACACUUACAACGUUGAAACUAAAACUCAAACAGCAAAUCACAUACAAUGUUUGGGAAGACGACGUUUUAUGUCUGUGGCCAUACACAAAAACAAAGAAACGUUUCUUUUAUUCUCAAGCGGAGAUUUAGUAUCGGUCAAGAGAGGUUCUGACAACGCAGUCAAAUUCAUACCGGUGGUUCAACUUUGGAAUACUUUUGAAUUGUAUCUAAACGGAGCUGUUUGCUAUAAAAACGAGCUGACUUUGUUUUGUACAACAAGCCAUGUGUCAAAUUGGACAAUUUUGUCGUCAGUGCCGGGACUUUUUGACAAGAUCAAUGUCGUCGAUUUUACGGAGGUGAUGUGGACAUCAAAGAUGGUUCCUGUGAUGGCUCCCUUGUCUUGGUUUGAGUGAGGUUUUGGCAGUGCUUUUAAUGUCCCAUCCUCGGCUAUCACCAUUCUUUUAAAUAAAAGUCGUCAGCCAAUGAAAACCAUCGUAGAUAGUCAAACAUAAAAUGCAAAAAAAAAGAUUGUGAUUAAUGACAUUCAACAAACUCCAUCACACAGAUUACCAGCUGUUUCUAUUUUAAUUUUUCUUACGUGAAUUUACAUCACAAUUUACACAUUACCCUGUGUAUUUUAGAUUAUCAU